GAUGAAAACUUAAAUGAUCAGAAGGACGGAGAGAACGGCGCUAAUUGAAAAAGCCACGCUGCACCUGCUGUGUGAGCAAGACCGGCUUGAUUCAGCGCUCUGAUAACCACUCAGCAGCGAAUUAUAAUCUGUGAGUGAUUCAGAUGAUCUAAGUUUAUACUGAGUGAUAUUGCACUCAGCCGUUGAAGGACAAAGCCAAGGUGUCAUUUUGAAGAUGAGACUCGGCCUGGUGUUAGCCGCUCUUCUCUGCUUCACCUGGAUGAGCGGGGUCCAUGCAACCCAUGGACCGGUGAUAAACUGUUUAUGCCCCAGAUUGUCCACAACAAAAGUCAGAGUUCAACUAAUUGUGAAUUACACCCAUCAGACUGAAGGCAUCUGUCCAAUUGCAGCCAUAAUAUUUCACACCAAGGGUGGAAAGAAGCUUUGCUCCGACCCCAACAGUGGCUGGGCAAGAAGAGCCAAACUGAAGGUGGACGAAGAGAGGAAACAACAAACAACGACAACAUUGCAAGAGAUCGUACAGAAUGACGAUGGAUCAGCAAGCAACAUCACACCAGCAGCGUCCACCGCAUCAAAAAACACACCAAGGAAGAGAAGAAGAUAUGGAAGGAGACGGCAGAGGAAGAAGUCCAGGAGAGGGAGGAAGGGGCAAAGGAAACAUGGCUGAGGAAUCACAAGACAAAGCAAAGUUCAAAGAGUCAGCAAAUAUUGCUCCUCCCAAUUGGACUGCUCUAUUACAGCAACAGCAAACCUGAAACAAAAACAGGCUUUCAUGCAUUAUUCUGCCGAUGAUUAAAUAUGCAAUAUAUAUUUAAAUACAUGAUAACUGCACCAUGCUGUCUUAAAUGUGUGUACCUUAAUCAAGAGAGCAUAAAUUGUUACCUUUUUCCAGUCAGCUGCCAAUAAAGUCUUUUGG